UCUUCCUCGUCGCCGGCGGCGGCGGAGAGCGAGAUGGCUCAGGCGAUCGGGUCGCGGAGGCUGACGGUGCUGCGGGAGUUCCGCCCGCACGGGCUCGCGGUCGAGGAGGCCGACGGCGAGGGGGUGCCCGGGGAGCGGCCGCCGCCGCAGGACUACGACUACUUCCUCUUCGACCCGGCCCUCGCCGCCUCCCCCGCCCCGGACCCCGGAGAGGAGGUCGCCUCCUCGUCAGGCGCCGACGGCGACCACGAGCUCUUCAUCCGUGGGAAUCGAAUAAUAUGGAGUGCCGGUUCACGUGUUCACAAAAGAUACCUCUCACCAAAUACAGUCAUAAUGGCCUGCUGGUGUAGGAUGGACACCACUCGUGAUGCACUUCUAUGUGUUCUGCAGGCUGAUAUUUUAUCUAUAUACAAUGUAAACGGUGAGGUUGCCAGUAUUCCACUACCACAUGCUGUUUCAUCAAUAUGGCCUCUUCCUUCUGGUCUUCUACUUCAGAGAUCUAGCGAUGGAGGCCGUGUGGUAUUAUCCUCAACUUCACUGCUAAAAACGAGGGAUGUAAUUCGUCCUAACAAGGAAUUUGGAUUGAGUUACAACGUUUCAUCUCAAGUCAAUACUUUGGAGACUGUCAGUAAAGCUGAUAUUUCAUCUCACCUCAUUUUGAAACAUCCACUUGAAGAGCCUCAGGCAACAUAUUUUGAUGAAAGGGGUAGGUUGGAUGUGAUGAAAGAUUUUGAUGAAAAAGCUAUAUGGACAAGUGAUAUAAUACCUGUAAUGGCAUCAUACCACAAAGGCAAAUUUCAGCACUCUGUUUGGCAAAUUGAUGGUACAACUUACCAGGAAACAAUGGAUGGCAGUGCAGCGUCCCUAAUUCCAUAUGAUAGUUCUAUGCAUAAGUUUGCGUUCCGUAAGAUAUGGCAGGGGAAAUGCUCCCAAUCUGCUGCUAGUAAGGUUUUCUUGGUAACUGACAUUGAUGGGACACCGAUGAUUUGUUUUUUACUACAUGAGCAAAAAAUAUUACUUGCUGUAAGAAUUCAAGUCGAUGAGAUUAUCGGAGAAUCCUUUAGUGAUAUUAAGCCACAUAUGAGCUGGAACAUUCCUGCAUUUGCUGCUGUACCAGUUGUUGUAACACGCCCAAGAGCACGAGCUGGAAUCCUUCCCUUUACGGACAUCCUCAUUCUGACUCCUGAUAAUGACCUACUUCUUUAUUCUGGAAAGCAGUGCCUCUGCAGAUAUACACUUCCUACUGAAUUGGGGAAGGGUAUCUUUUCAAAUUAUGAGCUAAAUUCUGGGGUUACGGACUUCUACUCUGAUAUGGAGAUCACAAGCAUAACAGAUGCUGUUGAAGGUCGUAUAAAUGUGACAUGCAGCAAUGGCCUGAUGCUCCGAUGUUCAUUACGCAAGAGCCCUUCCUCUUCUCUGGUUAGUGAUUGCAUAACCGCAAUGGCAGAAGGCUUGCAGAGCUGCUUUUACAGCCAUUUUGUUUCUCUUCUCUGGGGUGAUAGUGAUGCUGCGUACCUUUGUUCGAGCUCUCAUGUGGAUUCAGAAUGGGAAUCAUUUAGUUAUGAGAUAGAAAAAAUUUGUGCAAAAUAUGGACAAAUUUCACCAGCUAAAUCAUCUAAAUCGCCUUGCACAGCUUGGGACUUUUUGAUCAACAGCAAACACCAUGCCAAGUAUGGCAAACUUUCUCCAUCCUCUUGCACUUCGUUUUUGCCUGUGCCAUGUACUACUAGCAGCACAGAUUUUCACUCUUUCCCCCAAGACGGAAAUAGCACAGAUGUGUCAUUCUAUAUUCGGUUUGUAAGAGAAAUUUUGGACACAUUGCAUGCCCUAUAUGAGAACCUGAAGCUGAACAUUUUGAGGAAACAGGAUCUGGCAUGUCUUGCUUCCUUGUUAUGUAGAGUUGCUUCAUCCCUUGGUGAAAAAAGUUAUGUAGAUUACUAUUGCCGAGACUUUCCCCACAACUUGUUUGAAUUUCAUUCGCUAUCAUCUGUUACUGCUUUAAGAUCUCCACCAUGCUUGUUUCGUUGGUUUGAAAACUGUCUGCAAUAUGGCUAUCAUAUGAAGACUUCAGAUGAUAUUCCUGCUCUAAUGUGCAAAGAAAAAGGUUCUGCUGUGAGCUGGGGCAGGAAAGUGGUGUCAUUUUAUAGUUUAUUAUUAGGAGCAGAAAGGAAAGGAAAAAAUCUCUCUUCUGGUGUCUACUGUGAAGUGGCCAGUGGUUCAGCUAGAAGCACUGAGGAACUUACUGUUCUCACUAUGGUUGCUGAAAAGUUUGGGCGUCAACAAUUGGAUUUGUUACCGAUUGGAGUAUCUCUUGUGCUUCGCCAUGCACUGGACAAAUGCCGCGAGUUUCCUCCUGAUGACUGGCCUGCACCGGCUUAUAUUCUUGUUGGGAGGGAUGAUCUAGCUAUGACAAAGAUGGGGUCAGGAAGGAAAGAAAAUGGGUUUUGGAACAAUGAUAAUUUGACAUCAAUAUCAGUCCCAUAUAUGCUACAUUUGCAACCUGUAACCGUACCAACAACUGCGUUGGAUGUCCCCUCAUCGGAAAUUUUGAAUUCUGAGGAUACUGAUUCUGUCUACAGAUCUGUUGAGGAUGGAAUGGAACACAUCUUCACCUCAACAACACAGCUGCGAUAUGGUCGUGAUUUGCGUCUGAAUGAGGUUAGACGUCUCUUAUGCUCAGCAAGACCUGUCGUGAUACAAACACCCACUAAUCCUAGUGUGUCUGAUCAGGACCUACAACAGCAACAACUAUGGAAUUUUGCACAAAGGACAACAGCUUUACCUUUUGGGCGUGGGGCUUUUACUUUAGCUACAACUUACACGCUGUUGACAGAGGCUCUUGUCUUCCCAAAGCUUGUUCUAGCUGGUCGGCUGCCUGCACAGCAGAAUGCAACUGUUAAUCUUGACCUAAGUACUAGAAGUGUCUCAGAAUUCAAAUCCUGGGCUGAGUUUCACAAUGGCGUGGCUGCUGGGCUCAGGCUUGCUCCUUUUCAGGAGAAAAUGUUGAGAACCUGGAUACAAUAUAAUAGACCUUCAGAACCAAAUUUUACUCAUGCUGGUCUGCUUCUUGCAUUUGGUUUGCAUGAACAUCUACGAGUUUUAACUAUGACUGAUGCUUAUCGAUAUCUCUCCCAGGAGCAUGAUAUAACUAGACUUGGUUUGCUACUUGGUUUGGCAGCAUCUAAUAGGGGGACAAUGCACCCAGCAAUAUCAAAGAUGCUCUAUUUUCAUGUCCCUUCCCGGCAUCCAUCUUCUACACCAGAGUUGGAAUUGCCUACUCUUUUGCAGUCAGCAGCAGUUAUGGGAAUCGGACUUCUCUAUGAAGGAUCAGCACAUGCAUUAACCAUGAAGAUUCUUCUGGGUGAGAUUGGACGAAGAAGUGGUGGUGAUAAUGUGCUAGAAAGAGAAGGCUAUGCUGUUGCUGCAGGUUCUGCAUUAGGACUUGUUGCCUUAGGUCGUGGAAGCAAUGCUUUUGGAUUCAUGGACACUUUCCUAGACCGGCUUUUUGAGUACAUUGGCAGCAAGGAAGUCUACCAUGAAAAACAACUAAAUGCAUCAAUAGCUGCUGAUGAGCAAAGUGGCAACACUGGGCAGAUGAUGGAAGGAGCACAGAUAAAUGUUGAUGUUACUGCACCUGGAGCCAUAAUUGCUCUAGCCCUAAUAUUUCUUAAAGCAGAGUCAGAAGAAAUUGCAGCUAGACUUACUGCUCCCAAUACUCACUUUGAUCUGCAGUAUGUGAGACCUGAUUUUGUAAUGCUUCGCAUUGUAGCGCGGAAUUUAAUAUUGUGGAGCAGAAUACAACCUACCAAAGAUUGGGUCGAAUCUCAAAUUCCUUCAUUUGUCAAGUUUGGUGUUACCAAUACGAGUCAAGAGGCUAUGGACAAUGACGAAUUUGAUACCGAAGCUCUUUUUCAAGCUUAUGUUAAUAUUAUCACUGGAGCAUGCAUUGCACUUGGACUCAAGUAUGCAGGCAGCAGAAAUAGUGAUGCCCAAGAGCUGCUAUAUGCUUAUGCGGUUCAUUUUCUCAACGAGAUUAAACACGUAUCAGUUCAGACUCAAAGCAUAUUACUGAAGGGAUUGUUACAGCAUGUUGAUCGUGGGACUCUUGAGCUCUGUUUGCAUCUUAUUGUUCUUUCUUUAUCACUGGUAAUGGCAGGAUCUGGACAUUUACAAAUUUUCCGCUUACUGCGUUAUCUGAGGGGAAGAAGUUCUGCUGAAGGACAAGUAAACUAUGGACUGCAGAUGGCUGUAAGCUUGGCUAUAGGAUUCUUAUUCCUUGGAGGUGGUACACACACAUUCUCAACUUCAAAUAGUGCAGUUGCUGCAUUGCUGAUCACCCUAUACCCACGUUUGCCUACUGGACCAAAUGAUAAUCGCUGUCAUCUCCAGGCAUUCAGGCAUCUGUAUGUAAUAGCUACAGAACCUCGAUGGAUUCAGACAGUAGAUGUUGACACAGGACUUCCGGUAUAUUGUCCUCUGGAAGUGACAGUUGCUGAAACAGAGUAUUACGAUGAGACAAACUACUGUGAAGUGACACCUUGUCUUCUACCAGAACGUUCAGUGCUGAAGAAGAUUCGAGUUUGUGGUCCCAGAUAUUGGACUCAGGUGAUAACACUUACACCUGAAGAUAAGCCAUGGUGGAAAUCUGGAGACAAGAAUGAUCCAUUUAAUGGUGGCGUACUCUAUAUAAAACGGAAAGUUGGAUCUUGUUCCUACUCAGACGAUCCAAUUGGAUGCCAAUCUUUGCUUUCUCGGGCAAUGCAUGAGGUUUGGGAUACACCAUCCACAUCGUGCAGUAAUCAAGCAAACAGUGGUACUCAUAGUUCAUUUAGAGUUGAUCAGCUAGUAAGCACAUUUUCUGCUAAUCCAAGCUUGAUAGCUUUUGCAAAACUGUGCUGUCAGUCAUGGAAGCACAGGCACAAUGGCAGUUUUGAAGAGUUCUGCUCUCAAGUACUUUAUGAAUGUAUGAGCAAGGAUAGGCCAGCGUUAUUACAGGUCUAUAUAAGUUUUUACACUAUGGUUGAGACUAUGUGGGAGCAUCUAAGGAUUGGAAACUUCCCUUUCUCCGAUUCUCUUUUCCUUUGCAGCUUGAAGGUUGCAUCAGCUUAUAAUGAAGCACUGAUUGAUGGUAGAAUUACAACUGGAGGCAUUAUUCAGUCUACAUUUCUGGAAUCACUUAUGAAGCGCAUAGAAUACAUCUUCGCAGAAUUGCCAAACCUGCAUGACAACUUCGUGAAUUACCUGAGCAAAGGCAAAUGGCCUGAUGCACAAAACGAAGCUGUGCUCCUUUCUUGCUAUCUCCAGUGGUACAACAUCCCACCUCCCCAUAUUGUGUCAUCUGCAAUUGAAAAGGUGAAGCCCAGAACUCGGUCCAGCUUGUCCAUGCUCCCACUUCUUCGGCUCCUACUGCCGACCACACAUCUUGUAGGACUCAUGGAGAUUGAGAAGCUUCACAUGACUCAUGGUCAUGAGGGCAUGGCCUUGCACUGAAAUUGCAAGAAACGUUUAGCAGUGUUGCGGGCAAUUAUCUAUGUAAACAUCAUUACAAGCGGUGUGGUGUUUGCCUUUCGUGAUCACCGAUUGUGACAAUGUGGUCUGAAAUAGUAUUAGGGGCUCAUUGUUCUGAUCUAGAAAGGAUCAUACUAUACUGCUGGAAUGCCAAGGCUUGUGCGGAGGCCUCAAUCGUUUGCUUC